UGUGGAGCCAAAUUUGAAGCAGGCAGAGGCACGGCUACGAAGCUGGACCCGUCGCGUUUUCCUUGGCUACCUUGGCCACUUGAGACCAGUCAUCAUGCCUAUCCGUGCUCUGUGUACCAUUUGCUCUGACUUCUUCGAUCACUCUCGCGACGUGGCCGCCAUUCACUGCGGCCACACCUUCCACUUGCAGUGCCUAAUUCAGUGGUUCGAGACAGCACCAAGUCGGACCUGCCCGCAGUGCCGAAUCCAGGUUGGCAAAAGAACCAUUAUCAAUAAGCUCUUCUUUGACUUUGCCCAGGAGGAGGAGAGUGUCUUAGAUGCAGAAUUCUUAAAGAAUGAACUGGAUAAUACCAGAGCCCUCCUUUCCCAGAAAGAAAAGGAAAAGCGAGACAGCCAGCUCAUCAUUGACACUCUGCGGGACACGCUAGAAGAGCGCAACGCCACUGUGGAAUCCCUGCAGAAGGCCUUAGACAAGGCAGAGAUGCUGUGCUGCACCCUCAAGAAGCAGAUGAAGUACUUGGAACAGCAGCAGGAUGAAACCAAACAAGCACGGGAGGAGGCCCGCCGACUCCGGAGCAAGAUGAAGACCAUGGAGCGGAUUGAGCUCCUACUCCAGAGCCAGCGACCUGAGGUGGAGGAGAUGAUCCGAGACAUGGGUGUGGGACAGUCAGCGGUGGAGCAGUUGGCUGUGUACUGCGUGUCCCUCAAGAAAGAGUACGAGAAUCUAAAAGAGGCAUGGAAGGCCUCAGGAGAGCUAGCUGACAGACUGAAGAAAGACUUGUUUUCUUCCAGAAGCAAGUUGCAGACAGUCUACUCUGAAUUGGACCAGGCCAAGUUGGAGCUGAGGUCGGCCCAGAAGGACUUACAGAGUGCCGACAAGGAAAUCGCGAGCCUGAGAAAAAAGCUAACGAUGCUGCAGGAAACCCUGAACCUGCCACCAGUGGACAGUGAGACUGUCAACCGCCUGGUUUUAGAGAGCCCAGCUCCUGUGGAGAUGCUGAACCUGAAGCUUCGCCGGCCAGCCUCCGGUGAUGAUAUUGACCUCAAUGCUACCUUUAAUGUGGACACUCCCCCAGCCCAGCCCUCCAGCACCCAGCAUGGCCGUGCCAAGAGGCUCUUCUCAGUGAAGGCACAUUCUCCUGUUCAGGACAUACCCAAGAAGAUUCCCAAAGGCCCCAAGCAGGAGUCCCAGCUCUCGCUGGGUGGCCAGCGCUGUCUGGGAGAGCUUGAUGAGGAGCUAGCUGGUGCCUUCCCUGUCUUCAUCCGGAAUGCUGUCCUGGGCCAGAAACAGACCAAGAGGGCCAGGGCAGAGCCCUAUCGCAGCACAGAUGCAGUAAGGACAGGCUUCGAUGGACUUGGAGGCCGGACAAAAUUCAUCCAGCCUACUGACACGACCAUGAUCCGCCCACUGCCCGUUAAACCCAAGUCCAAGGCCAGGGCUAAGCAGAGACUGGGGCCCAGGACAGCGCUCCCUCCCUCCCAGGCCAAGCUGGACACCUUCCUGUGGUAGUAAGAACAGUGAGCCUGAUCAGUGGCCAGAUAUAUGCCUCUGACUUGUAAGCCGAGGACUGGUGACUGGCUCAGCAGAGGGUUUGGGGGGCAUGGCCCCUCUGCUAAGACCAGCCCUAAGGACAAUGAUAAGCAAGAAGAUGGGAGUGAAGGUGAGGCCCAGAAACUGUGCUUUUCCUGCACACACAUGCUGCCCUACCCCCAUCACACUGGGUCUCCCGUUGGAAGCUGAUGUGAUCAGCUCACCGUUCCUGCCGUCAGGGCUUGUUCCUUGUUCCAGGCUCCCAUUUAUAGCCAUGAUCAGAUGUGGCUGGGCUGCUUCUGGUCCUCUAGACCAGGCUCUUUUGUUGACUGUAAGGACCAAAGUGCUUGAGGCUUCUCAAGCAGCCUCAGCCUGCCCAAGCUUCUGUCUGCCUCUGACUUGCUGUUGGCAUGGCCUGGACUAAGCACAUUGGGGAAUGGGGCAUGGUGGUAGAGAGAGGAGGCGGUGGGGGGUAAGAUUUCUACGUGAAAUAAAAAAGAUAAGAGUCUUUUCUUCCUGGCUCUGGGAGUGUAAAUUUGCACUCACUUUGGAAAACUGUCUGGCAUGAUUUUCUAAAGUGGGACCCUCACCUAGACCCAGACCCAGAAGUUUUACCCUUAGGCAUGUGCUCUCUCAUAGGGCACAGGGAGACUCUAACAAGAAUGAGAUCACUGCGGCAGGCGCCGGCGGCGGCUGGUGGAGUGGGAGGGAGAAUGACAUCACCUCAGCUUUGUCCAUAGUCUCUAACCUGGGCACAGUACAAAGGCCAUAAGCAGGAAAGCGAAUGGGUGUACUAGGGUCUAGACACACAGGGAACUCACAGCAAGCACAACAAAUGACCAGUGACAACCCCCUCUUCUCCACCUUUCAACUCUGCCAGCCAAAUUGCUAGCCUCUGUGUCUUAGCUUCAAAAGUACUUUCUCCCAGAAGACUUCCCUUUUAAUUCCUAGAUAAGGACCCCUAAACUUCCCUGUCUCACUACUGAAUGGGAAUUCACCUGUUUCUGCAGGUCCCAGCAUGGACCUGCCACAGGAGGGAAUGCUUCAGGCUGAGAGUACCCAGCUGCUCUCCAGCAGGUGUGGCGGAGCCUGGGGCUUCUUGGGGAGGAAGUGACACUCUUGGUUAUGGGAGUUGGACCCCUCUAGUGCUGCCUUGAGCCAAGGACAGUUAGUGAGGGGAAGUGCAGCAUCAAGUUGAGGGUGCAGUGGCUGGCUGAUAGCUUUCUUAUAGAUCAGUAAUGAACAAUUAAAAUUAAAAACCCAAAUACCAUUUACAUUAGCACCAAAAAAGAAGAAAAAAGAAAACAAAUUUUUUAGGUAUAAAUCUAACAAAAUAUGUACAAGAUCUCUGUGAGGGAAAACUACAAAACUCUGGGUCUGUACAUACAAUGGAAUAUUAUUCAGCUUUUAAAAAAAAAUCUGAAACAUGCUACAACAUAGACAAAUCUUGAAGACAUUAAGCUAAGCAAAAUAAUCCAGGCACAAAUGACAAAUACUGUAUGAUUCCAUUUAUAUGACAUAGCUAGAGUAGUCAAAUUCAUAGAGACAGAAAGUAGAAUGGUUGUUGCCAAGGGUGGGAAGGAGGGAAUAGGAAGUUACUGUUUAACAUGUUGAGAGUUUCAGUUUGGGAAGAUGAAGUUCUGGAGAUGAAUGGUGGUGAUAGUGGCAUAACAAUAUGAAUGUCUUUAAUGCUACUGAACCGUACAUUUAAAAAUGUUAAAAUGGUAAAUUUAAUCUUAUAUUUUAUCACAAUAAAAAAAAAAGGGCUGAAAUUCUGAUACAUGCUACAACCUAGAUGAAUGUUGAAAAGAUAUGCUAGGUGAAAUAAACCAGACACAAAAGGGCAAAUAUUUUAUGAUUCCACCUCCAUUAGAUACCUGGAGUAGGCAAAGCCAUAGAGACAAAGAAGAAUAGGAACUCCCAGGAAAGAGGGUAUCGGAAGGUUAUUGAAGAGUUGUUAUUCAAUGGACACAGUAUUUCUCUUUGGGUGAAAGAAAAAGUUCUGGAAAUAGUGGUGAUGGUUACACAACAUUGUGAAUGUAUUUACAGCCACCAAACUGUACCUUUAAAAAAUGGUUAAAACCACAAUUAAAAAAAAAUCCAUCUACUAUUUUAAUGAGUGAAAAAAAUCAGGAAUGGAUGUUGAAUUUCAUCAAAUGCCUUUUGGUGUCUUUUGAAGAUACCACUUAUUUCAGAAUCUGGCCCUAGUUUCUGUACCUAGUACACAUGACACAUCCAAUAAAUGUUUAUUGAAUGAAAAAAACCACACACACAAUUACCUAUCACUUUACACUCACUAGGAUGGAUAUAAUUUGAAAAAAAAAAAAAGGAAAAACCAGUUUGGCCAUGUUGUGGGGAGAUAGAAACUUCUGUACAUUGCUAGUGGAAAAUAGUUUGUUGGUCUAUCAAAAAAUUAAAUAUAGAAUUACCAUAUGACCCAACAAUUCUACUCCUAGGGAUGUACCCCAAAAAAUUGAAAACAAGUACUCAAGUACUUGUUCAAGAAUGAUCAUAGUAGCACUAUUCAUAAUACCUGAAAGGUGUAAACACUCAAAGUUGGGACUUCCCUGGUGGUGCAGGGGUUAAGAAUCUGCCUGUCAAUGCAAGGGACACAGGUUCGAGCCCUGGUCUGGGAAAAUCCCACAUGCUGCAGAGCAGCUAAGCCCAUGCGCCACAACUGCUGAGCCCACAGGCCACAACUACUGAAGCCUGCGUGCCUAGAGCCCGUGUUCCACCACAAGAGAAGCCACUGCAAUGAGAAGCCCGUGCACUACAACGAAGAGUAGCCCCCUCUGCCGCAACUAGAGAAAGCCCGCGCACAGUAACGAAGACCCAACACAGCCAGAAAAUAAAAAUAAGUAAAUAAACAAAUAAAUUAAAAAACAACCUCAAAGUCAACAGAUGACUGGAUAACAAAUUGUGAUAUAUACCUCUGAUGGAAUAUUAUUUGGCCAUAAGGAAUGAUGUACUGAUACAUGCUACAAUUUGGGUUAACCUCAAAAAGCUGUUAAAUGAAAGAAAACAGAUGCCAAAGGUCACAUUUUUGUAUGAUUCCUUUUAUAUGAAAUAUCCAGACUAGGCAAAUCGCUAGCAACAGAAAACAUAUAAGUGUUUGCCAGAGGUGGGAUGGGGGAAUGGGUAGUGAAUGGGUACUUACCAUGGUUGUGGUGUUUUUCAGUGGGUGAUGAAAUUUUGAAAUUAGAGAUGGUGGUUGCACAACAUUGUCAAUACAUUAAAUGUCACUAAAUUGUAUACUUUAAAAUGGCUCUUUUAAUGUUGUAUGGAUUUUACCUCCAUUUUUAAAAAAGAAUUUAUGAAUGAAUUUAUGAAUUGGGAGACUGGGAUACCAAAUUGUAUGCUCUA